AUGUUGACCCACAUCAGGGCUCGCAGCAGGAGUCUGUACCCCAGCUACAAGCCCGGCGGGGGGGCUCAGGAGCUCCAAGACCAGGCCGACUAUCGGGACUUUGUAAAGCCAUGGAGCUCCAUGCAGGAGCUGGGCAGAGAUAUCUAUGAUAUGUAUGCUGAGUAUGAAAGUGAGGAUGAGGAGGACCGGCUGCCGGUGACUUCCUCCCACUUCCUGCUCUCGCCAACCAAACACUUCAAUCUCAACAUCAACGUCGGAGGAACGGUGUACCACGUGCCCUACAGGUUAGCAGCCAAGUAUCCAAAGACACGGAUCGGGCAGUUGGCCACGUACAAGGACCACAGCAGGAAGUUGGAUCUGUGUGACGACUACAUCGUGCACAGCAACGAGUUCUUCUUCGACCGGGACCCUCAAAUCUUCCACAACAUCUUCAACUUCUACAGAACUGGAGUGUUGUACAUUAAAGACGAGCUGUGUCCCCACAACUUCCUGGAGGAGAUAAACUACUGGGGCGUCAGAAUCAAAAACAGCCAUCGCUGCUGCCGCAUCUCCUUCGAAGAGAAGCAGGACGAGCUGAACGAGCAACUGAAGAUACAGAGAGAGCUGAUAGCAGAGAUGGAGGAGGAGGAGAACGAGGUGUUAUUCGACGGCUUGGUCUUCGGGCCGAUGCGGAAGAGUAUCUGGAACGUCAUGGAGAGGCCGUUCUCCUCCGUCAUCGCCAAGCUGAUGGGCAUCGCCUCCUCCCUUUUCGUGCUCAUCUCUCUGGUAACCAUGGCGCUCAACACCGUGGAGGAGAUGCAGUACAAGACGCCGUCGGGCCAGCUCAGCGGCAGAACGUACGGCGAGUACGUGGAGUCGUCCUGCAUCUCCUUCUUCACGCUGGAGUACCUGCUUCGCCUGGUGUGCACCCCCGACCUCAAGAGCUUUGCCCGUAGCAUGCUGAACACCGUGGACCUGGUGGCCAUCCUGCCGCACUACCUGCAGAUGGUCCUGGAGUGCUUUGAGGACCACGACACACAGCUGCACUCAGAGGAAGUCCAGACUGUGGGGCGGCUGGGGAAGGUGGGUCAGGUUCUCAGGAUCAUGCGUCUGAUGAGAAUCUUCAGGAUCUUGAAGCUGGCUCGACACUCGACCGGCCUCAGAGCCUUCGGAUUCACACUGAGGCAGUGCUACCAGCAGGUGGGCUGCUUGCUGCUCUUCAUGGGCAUGGGCAUCUUCAUGUUUUCAGCCAUGGUGUACACGGUGGAGCACGACGUUCCCAACACCAACUUCACCUCCAUGCCGCACGCAUGGUGGUGGGCCGCCGUGAGUAUUUCCACGGUGGGCUACGGCGACAUGCUCCCUGAGACCAACCUGGGCCGUAUCUUCGCCUUCGCCUGCAUCUCCUUUGGCGUCAUCCUCAACGGCAUGCCCAUCUCCAUCCUCUACAACAAGUUCUCCGACUAUUACACCAAACUCAAGUCCCACGAGUACGCCGCCGUCACCAAGGCCCGCGGGAAGGUGCACUUCGCCAAGAGGGCGGCGAAGAGGUUUCACGACUGCUGCGAGGACGUCGUUCAGCCAAGGAAUUCCCAUCUGCAUACAACAAGGUUUUAGAUGUUCACAGUAACAUGUGUGGGAGGUCAGGAGUGACAGUCAGAGAUGUGAAAUGAACCAAAGACUGACUAUGGACAUGGUCAACAUGACGUCAUAUGUUGGUUUCUAAACUCUCAGUUUGGCAUUUUGGCCAUCUUGGAUUUUUGGAGGCAGUAGUUUGAGAGGCUGGAGCAAAGUGCAACCAAACGCCGGCUGGACAAGACACUAUCCUGAAGUGAGAAGACACAGAGACGUAAACAUGGGCAACAUAGUGGAAGUGGACUGUCAGUCACAAUUGAAUCCCUAAAGCACUCCCUGCUUUAUUAAUAAGUUUAACAUCAUGCUGUAUUGAAGAAGACUGAAAACUAGCACGUGAGACCAUACACCUGUCAGGAAAAGGUUUACUGUGGAAAUAAAUCAAAUAAGAAGUACGUCAUUUUCUCAGAGACUUCUAUACAAUCAGGCUUAUAUUUGCAUCCAGUGGAGUUGCAACCAGUUGCUGCUUUAAAUGAACUGUCUGUGACAUUCUGUACAGGCCGUUUUUGUUGCAGAGUAACACUGCUGGAUUCAUGGCAAUUUGAACCAAUAACAAGCUGAGAAAUCUCCAGAUGUCUGGAUCUCAGUUCAGAAACCUUUGAGUUCAAAAUGCUGCUCCAGGGCAUAUUUUGUCAUUAUAUGCAUCGUUUCAUUCAUCCUCCAUAUUUGCUUAUUUGUGCUAUCUCAGCAUGCAUUGGCAAAAGGUGAUGGAGAAAAACCCUAAAUAUAUUGGUUAAUAUUUGUAUUUAUACUCAUCAUUAUACUAUUUUUUAAAAUACUGGAAAUCUAUGCUAAUGCUGUCUGUAUCACAAUCAUCAUCUACCCCCCCCCCCCCCACACACACACACAC